AUGCCAGAAGAGCUGCAUGACUUCAAUCAAUACCCCCGUGAACAAGUGAUUGGAGAAAGUCUUGCUGUGUCUAAGAACUACCAGCAUGCCUUAGCUUUGGUAUAUGCAGUGAAGGAGAUCAAUGAAAACCAUCAGAUCUUACCCAAUAUCACCUUGGGUUUCCACAUUUAUGAAAGCUACUAUAUUGCACAGUGGACCUACCAUAGCACUUUGGAACUUCUUUCAACGCAGAACAGAUUCAUCCCAAAUUAUAAGUGUGGCAUCCAGAACAGACUGAUGGCUGUCAUUGGGGCUCUUUACUUUGCAGCAUCUAUCCACAUAGCAAACAUCUUGGGCACCUACAAAGUUCCACAGUUCACAUAUGGCUCUAUUCCACUGAAGAAUGAUGAAACAGAAGCAUAUUCCUUUUACCAAAUGGUCCCCAAGGAAACUUAUCAACACACAGGGAUUCUCCAGCUACUAUUGCACUUCAAAUGGAUAUGGGUUGGUGUGAUUGCCAAAAAUGAUGAGAAUGGUGAUGUCUUUGUGAGGACAUUAAGUAAAAUGUUUUCCUUGAAUCACAUCUGCUUUGCCUUCAUUGAAAGAGUUGAGGAAAUUUAUACGAAUGAGAUUUAUGAAGCAAUAGGUUGGUUGACAGGCAUUUAUAAUGUUACAAUGCAAAGCAAUGCUAAUGCUGUGAUUUUCUAUGAAGAAGAUAUAGUGAAUUUCAGGUGGUUUUUGUAUUUACCAGAAAUGGAACAAGGGAUAAUGAUGCCCAAAGGUAAAGUGUGGAUACUAACAGUCCAGCUGGAGCUCCUAUCAUGCCAUUUUCAAAAGAGUUGGGACAUCCAAACUAUGCAUGGUGCUUUAGCCUUCACCAUUCACUCUAAGGAAGUGUUAGGAUUCCAACUUUUUCUUCAGACCAGAAACCAUCUGGGGACAAAGGAAGAUGGUUUUGUCAGGACCUUCUGGGAGCAGACAUUUGAGUGUGAACUUCCAGAUAAACUGCUUGAAGAAACAGCUGAGAAAACAUGCACUGGAGAGGAGAAGCUUGAAAGCCUUCCUGGUCCUGUUUUUGAAAUGAGCAUGACUGGCCACAGCUACAGCAUCUACAAUGCUGUCUAUGCAGUGGCCCAUACUUUGCAUGCCAUGCGGUCCAGCAGACCUAAAGAAAGGGGGAUGGUGAAACUUCAGGAUCAAGAAUCAUGGCAGCUCCACCACUUCCUAAAACACAUAUCAUUUAACAACAGUGCAGGGGAUGAGAUUUCUUUUGACUUGAACAGGGAAUUGGUAGCUGGAAUUGAUCUUACAAACUGGGUGACUUUCCCAAACCAGUCCUUUAAAAGAGUGAAAGUUGGAAGGGUGGAUCCUCAGGCAAAAUCCUUCAGCAUUAAUGCAGAUGCCAUCAUGUGGCACAACAGCUUCAACCAGAUGCUGCCUUUCUCAGUGUGUAAUGAGCACUGCGAGCCUGGUUAUAGCAAGAAAAUGAAGGUGGGGAGGCCAUUUUGCUGUUAUGAUUGCAGCUUAUGUCCGGAAGGGAAGAUUGCAAGCCAUAUCGACAUGGAGGACUGCAUCAAAUGUCCAAAUGACCAUCAUCCAAACAAGGACCAUGACUUUUGCAUUCCGAAAUUGAUAACAUACUUGUCUUUCAAAGAACCUCUUGGGUUCAGUUUAGUCUUCUUUUCUCUUUUUCUUUCUUUGAUCACGGCUCUAGUGCUGGCAAUCUUUGUGAAGCACCAUAACACUCCUAUAGUCAAAGCCAAUAACCAGAACCUCACCUACACCCUCCUCAUCUCCCUCAUGUUCUGCUUCCUUUCUGCAUUGCUCUUCAUCAACAAACCUGAGAAAGCCACAUGUCUCCUCCGACAAAUGACCUUUGCUAUCACCUUUUCUGUAGCUGUAUCUUCCGUGUUUGCAAAAACCAUCACAGUUGUUCUCAUUUUCAUGGCCACCAAGCCAGGAAGCAGCAUGAGAAGCUGGGUGGGGCAGAGACUGUCCAUCUCCAUUGUGCUUGGCUGCGCCCUUGUGCAAGUUGGCCUUUGUGCCAUGUGGUUGGCAACAUCUCCCCCAUUCCCUGAUGCUGACAUGCACUCAUUGAAUGAACAAAUUGUACUGGAAUGCAAUGAGGGCUCUGUGGUCAUGUUUUACUGUGUCUUGGGUUACUUGGGUUUCCUGGCAGCUAUCAGCUUCAUGGUGGCUUUUCAUGCCAGGAAGUUACCAGACAUUUUCAACGAAACCAAGUUCAUCACCUUCAGCAUGCUGGUCUUUUGCAGUGUAUGGUUAUCUUUUGUUCCUACUUACCUGAGCACCAAGGGGAAAUAUAUGGUAGCUGUGGAGAUCUUCUCCAUCCUAUCCUCCAGUGCUGGGUUGCUUGGUUGCAUCUUUUUCCCCAAAUGUUAUAUCAUUCUGUGGAGGCCUGAGAAGAACAACAAGAAAUUAAUAAGGGGGAAACUAUGA